GCUUUUGGCCCUGCUGCUGGUGUCCGCGGUGUCCUGGUCGCGUGUUGAAAAUGGCUGCAGCCGGCGACCCUGGCAGUGCUGAAAGCUACCGUUCUCCGCUGGCGGCCCGCUACGCCAGCCGCGAGAUGUGCUUCUUGUUCAGCGACAGGUACAAGUUCCAGACGUGGCGGCAGCUGUGGCUGUGGCUGGCGGAGGCCGAGCAGACGCUGGGUUUGCCUAUCACAGACGAACAAAUCCAGGAGAUGAAGUCGAACCUGAGCAACAUUGACUUCCAGAUGGCUGCUGAGGAAGAGAAGCGCCUGCGGCACGACGUGAUGGCUCACGUGCACACGUUCGGCCACUGCUGUCCGAAAGCUGCGGGCAUCAUUCAUCUAGGCGCCACCUCCUGCUAUGUCGGAGACAAUACGGACCUGAUUAUUCUGAGAAAUGCAUUUGACCUGCUUUUGCCAAAGCUGGCUAGAGUGAUCUCGAGGCUUGCCGACUUUGCUAAGGAACGUGCUGAUCUGCCCACGUUAGGUUUCACACACUUUCAGCCUGCUCAGCUGACCACGGUUGGGAAACGCUGCUGCCUUUGGAUUCAAGAUCUCUGCAUGGAUCUCCAGAACUUGAAGCGUGUCCGGGAUGAGCUGCGCUUCCGAGGAGUAAAGGGCACCACUGGCACGCAGGCCAGCUUCCUGCAGCUCUUCGAGGGGGAUCACCAGAAGGUGGAGCAGCUUGACAAGAUGGUGACAGAAAAGGCAGGGUUUAAAAGAGCCUUCAUCAUCACAGGACAGACCUACACACGGAAAGUGGACAUCGAAGUGCUGUCUGUGCUGGCCAGUUUAGGAGCAUCGGUGCACAAGAUUUGCACUGAUAUACGCCUGCUGGCAAACCUGAAGGAGAUGGAGGAGCCCUUUGAGAAACAGCAGAUUGGCUCCAGUGCAAUGCCAUACAAGCGGAACCCCAUGCGCUCCGAACGUUGCUGCAGCCUGGCCCGUCACCUGAUGGCCCUUACCAUGGACCCACUACAGACAGCGUCUGUGCAGUGGUUUGAACGUACUCUGGAUGACAGUGCCAACCGACGGAUCUGUUUGGCUGAAGCGUUUCUCACUGCAGAUACUAUAUUAAACACCCUACAGAACAUUUCUGAAGGAUUGGUGGUGUACCCCAAAGUAAUAGAACGGCGCAUUCGGCAAGAGCUGCCUUUCAUGGCCACAGAGAACAUCAUCAUGGCAAUGGUGAAAGCCGGGGGCAGCCGACAGGACUGCCAUGAGAAAAUCAGAGUGCUUUCCCAGCAGGCAGCUGCUGUGGUCAAGCAGGAAGGAGGCGACAAUGACCUUAUAGAGCGCAUCCGGGCAGAUGCCUACUUCAGCCUCAUCCACUCACAGCUGGAGCACUUGCUGGACCCCUCUUCUUUCACUGGCCGAGCACCCCAGCAGGUCCACAGAUUCCUGGAAGAGGAAGUGCACCCCCUGCUAAAGCCCUAUGGGAAUGAGAUGGCGGUGAAAGCAGAGCUGUGUCUGUAGAGUAGGAGAG